AGUUCACCAUAUUCUGACAAUAAAUCAUCAACAAAACAGGCGUUCCAAAGACAAAUGCCAUGUCUGACAACCCAGAAGAAACAUCUUACUACCUUCGACUUGUCUCUAUGUAUAUGGACCUUUGUACAGAGACUGUAAGGAAAGUGUUUGCUUUUUAUUCACCAAAUAAUAAUGGUGAAGAUUUUAUUCGAUUAAAUCAAGCCAGAUUGAAUGAAUUAAAGACAAAUGGAAUUCUGAAUCAACAGGAAUGUGAAGUCGUCAUUACACAAUGGCCAAAUCUCAGACGUAUGGAUAUAUCACUAUUGAUUACCCUCUCUAUCAAUUUAUUUACUACCGUGCAACUACCACCUCCAACAAAAGGAUGGAACCGCCCCCCAAAAGGUAAAGACAUAUCUAUUGCGGCUGAUCUGUUACGUUUAAGAAAGAUCAGAAAUGUCAUUGUCGGUCACCAUCCAUGUGCUCGGCUACAUCAAUGGGUAUUUGAAAACGAGUGGGAGAAUAUUCAGACUAUAUUACUAAGGAUAGAAAGGCAAAUAGAUCCGGGAAACGAGGUACAUCUUCAAAACCAAAUUGAAUGUUACUUAAUACCACAGCUGCAACCAUGUAUUCAGAACGAGCAUGACUCGAAACUGAAAGAAUGGUAUCAGGAGGUGUCCAAAGCACAGAAACAGGUAGACGAAUAUCUCAAGAACCUUGAAGGAUUCAACCUUUACUUAAAAGACAAGUCCGAUCGGUAUGAACGUUAUAUAAAACUUUUGGUUGAAGGCGGGCGAUUUGUAUUGUUGGCUCUGAUUAAAACAAAAUGUCAGCAAAGCGACUUGAGAUGCAAAUUGGAUGAGAAAGAAGAUAUACUUAGGGAAAAGAUCAUUGAUUCGGAACAUUUAGAAAUUCUCUAUCCAUCUGCCUCAGAUCGUUUGGCAACCCCGUUGAAUUUCUCAGUAUGGGACAUUUCGUUACUUACUGGGGUAUUACUGUAUGCUUUUGAGUGCAGUGGUGAUCUGAAGGAGGCAAUAGACAAUCUGUACAAUGCACAAAAGAAUUACGCAGAGGUAGCUGUUAAAUCGUUAGAUCCGGACACCUUCGUUGACUACCUAUCUGAUCUCAAGUACAGCAUUAGUGUUGCUAAAAAUUAUCUAAAUUCGGAAGAGAAAUCACACAUUAAUGAAAUAUUGGAAGAGAGUAAGAAAAAAGCAAAGGAAGAUGGCUCAUUCAAGAUAUACAUGGAGGAACUCAAAUCACAGGGUUUUCAGAUGAAAACUUUUUCAGACAUUCAUAGAGAGACUGUUCAGAAAACGAAAGAAACACUUCAACAAAUGAUUACACAUGGAAUAUGCUUUGACAGUAACCGGGUGCUAGAAUUGAAAAUGAUAACUGUCGGAUCAGACGAAAAGAAGAAGAAAAUUGCUGAAAACAUUUUGUUUGAAGUGUGGCAGAUCGCAUUGGAUCGAACAGAAAACAAAGGCAAUUUUCAAGAAAUCCAGGAAGAAGUUAACAAGGUUUUGAAAGAGAUGAAGAAGUCAAAGAAUAUACAAGAUAUAUCCGUUGAACAGAAAUGUAUCCUUCUGCAGAUUGCAAGUAGGGAACCAUGUGACAUGUUGGCACUUAUUGAAUAUUUCGAAAGUGACUUAUUCCUCAAAACCCUGGAUGAUAUUUGUAAAUCGGUUGGAUAUCAUUGCGAUACGAUUGUUGCAAUAUGUUCAAAUGUAACCAUUGAAUCUCUUCAUGGCAUUCUUAAUGAACAACAUCUAGCAAAGCAACAAGAAAGUGGCAUAAGAGUUCCAAUUACUGUUUCUUCGCCAGCUGCCAUGAUGGAAUUGUGGAAAUUAUUUCGAAGUGAGCAAUUUUCAAAUAGCAUAAAUGCUAUAGCAGAGAAGUUGUCAAUACAUUCGAAAACACCAAUUACCCUGAAAACGUUCACAGAUAUGAAAGAGUUUAACGACGUCUUUGAUGAAGAGAUUGAGCAAAGUAGUACAGACAGCGAAAGUAAUGAUUCCUUUACUCAAGACAGUAGCCGAACGUUAGACACUGAAUUAGAUUUCCCAUACAAAGGAGAUGAAGCAGGGCAUCCAGCUGAUCAAUCGUCCAAAUAUGACAAACGAAAGUUAAAGAAGAGGUUAGGUAAAAGAAAUGGAAAGAAGCCUCCGACACAGGACCAACAAGCCGCUGGAGACACUGGGAACAGUUUAACACUAGACAAAUCUGGCCUCUUGAAAACCCCGUGGAGGAAACUAGAACAAAACGAAAAAUGGACGAAACAAUAUGCUGAAAAGCUUUUAAGUGACAUACAGAAACAUUGUGGUAACGACGUGUGGAAAAACAAUUACAUGUACAGACAUCAAAUGACAAGUUUAACACUAGACAAAUCUGGCCUCUUGAAAACCCCGUGGAGGAAACUAGAACAAAACGAAAAAUGGACGAAACAAUAUGCUGGAAAGCUUUUAAGUGACAUACAGAAACCUUGUUUUAACGAAAAAAACAUUUCGAACAUUCGCAUUUUGCUUCUGGGGUCGGUAGGAGCUGGAAAAUCAUCUUUUCUUAACACAGUAGCAUCUAUUGAUAGAGGAAGAAUAUCACAGAUAACCAUUGCAGGAGGAGCUGAUUGCAGUUUGACCUUUGCGCUGAAAGAAUAUCGCCCACAAUACAAACUUAAGAACUUCCGAAUAUUAAAUACAGUGGGCGUGGAGGACAAUGAUCAAGGAGGACUCAAUCUUAAUGAUGUUCUGUACCUUGUCAAGGGUCACAUUCCACCUGAUUAUAAGUUUAAUCCUGCCACAUCAAUUGAUGAAAGAAGCCCAGAAUUCAGGCCAGAGCCAAAAGAUAACGAGAAGAUUCAUUGCGUGGUUUUUGUAUUAGAUGCAACUGUCGCCGGGAAUGAUAAUAUUUCGGAUGCGAGAAGAAGAAAAAUAAAAAAACUACAAACUGCGUUAAGGGCUUUCAAUAUCCCACGGAUAGUGUUAUUAACAAAGAUCGAUGUACUCUGUGAAUUUGUUGAUGCAGAUAUAGAGAAUACUUGCAAAAGUGAAAAAGUUAAAGAGGCUGUAAAUGUGGCGAAGGAACUGUACAAGCUUCCGGAGAACUGUGUUUUUCCCGUUAGAAAUUAUGAACAUGAGGUUGAGGCAGACUAUAAGAAAGAGAUACUGCAUCUUCUAGCUCUCAGGCAAAUGAUUUACUUUGGAGCUGAUUUUCUCGACUCUGUACCUGCCAGUGAUCACGAAGAAUCUUAGAAAUAUGAAAGGGGACAAACCAAGAGAUUUUCUACAUUUUAUUCCUUAAAGAUGUAUGUCUUUGAUAGCAUUGUGUUUUAACAUAGUGUAUGAUCUGACUCACUGUCAGGAUAAAUUUGAAUGAUAGACAAUAGUCUCGUAAGACGAGGACAUUACGAAUGCCGUUUUAUCAUUGGG